UUUUCAGCACUCCACCCACAGGGUGGACCAGCCUAUAUCAGUGUGAUUCAGUCUGACAAACUUAAAAGCUGAGUCAGACACCCCAGUGAAACCUACCUGCUCUACUAAGCAGCAAAAAAUGCCUUACAGACCACAUUCAAAAAGCCUUCUACCGCAUCCUAAAGGCCCUCUACCACAUCCUAAAGGCCUUCUACCAUUAUAUCCUGGUCAGUUAACUGUCGCUCUGUUUGGAAAGAGAGCUCAGUUAAAGACAGUCAUUGGAAAAAUGAUCCUCAGUGGUGAGCAUAACACUGUCACAAAGACAAACAACUUUGAUGUGAAGAAGAACGACUCGUUCAAAAUUAUCAGCACUCCUGAUAUCUUUGAGCAAGAAAGUCUGCACCCGGACCAGGACAUCAUUGACUUCAUGGCAUUGUCUCAUCCUGGCCCCCAUCUGUUCAUACUGGCAAUAGAUUCAGAAAACACAGAAGAGGAAAAAAUCGUGGCUCAAAUCAGUAAACUUCAGCAUACUUUUGGAGAAAGAAUCACAGAACACUUGGUUGUCACGUUGCCAGACAUCGAAAGCUUCCAAUCACUCAGCCAUCUGAAGGAACGGUUCCACACCCGGUUAGCAAUUGCCAAUGAAAAUCUGGCCAGUGAAUGUAGAAACUGGUGUGGUGGCCGUCACCUAUUCAUGUAUGACUACAAAAACUACAGUGAAAGUGUUGUGAUGACAAGAAAGAAAGCCUUAGAUGAGACAAGAUGCAAUGACCAUCCUCCGUAUCACCAUGGGGGAGCUGAUGCUGACCCCAUGAGUCCGUCCACCUCAAAACAUGAUUUUGCUGCACCUGUUGGAGCAGCAGUUGAACGUCACAUUGUGUCCCUUUGCUAAUAAAACAUAAUUCAGAGGCAAAACAAUGCUGACAUACCCAACCGUGUAACAGCAGCCACAGAGUGCCAGACAACAUAUUCAACAUUGUUCUACUAGGACUAAGUGGGACUGGAAAGAGUGCAUCUGCCAAUACCAUCCUGGCUGCUGAAAAGGCCGAGGUAGAUUCAGGACAACUUUUUAAAUCUCAGCCCAGCUCUGUGCCGGUCACCACCCAAUGUGAGGUCAAAAUAAUGGAGAAACCAUUCGGGGUGCAGGUGAGAUUGGUCGACACUCCAGACUUCUUUCACGACCAGCUCAAAAACUCCCAGGCCCAUGUAGAGGAUUGUAAGAAGUAUUGUCAGCCAGGGCAAUGCGUUUUUUUACUUGUGAUACAGCUGGGCCGGUUCACAGAUGCUGAGGAAGGAAUAUUAGAAAAGCUGGAGGACAAGCUUGGCUGGAAGAUCAGAGAGAGCACAAUCGUUCUGCUGACCCGAAGAGAGGACCUCAAAGGGAGUCUGGAGGACCUUAUUGAAACAUGUCCUGCCCUCAAGAACAUUGUUGAAUUGUGUGACAGACGUUAUCAUCUGUUUAACAACACUUCCAAAGACACUAAGCAAGUCAUUGAGCUCAUCAAGAAAAUUCCAAAUUGGAAAAACACAUUCCCAAAGAUUGCAAAGAAAAAUGGCUCACAGUGCUGUUUAUGCUAAAGGAGCAUUGCACUCCAAAAACAUUGUUCCACUCCCAGUUUUAAAAAACAAGAUUCAAAUCAGUGUUUUGCCUUGUAAAACGCUUCUGCCCACAUUAUUAUGCCAUCAACAAUAAACAAUUAUAUCAGAGGUUCAGUUGUGGUAAGGCAAAAGGCAGGAUAAAUACAGUUCAGUAAGACAACUCACGUUUGAAAUGUUUAUUAUAUUCUAGUAUAGCAUAUUUAGAUUUUGGCGUCUAUGCUCCGACCUCAUCAUUCCUCACUGAUAUGUUUAGAGAUAUUGGGGAGUGAUGAGCGAAUACCUUAAACCCCUAGCCAGAGCCUACAGGUGCAUGAUGUGGUGGUGGUGGGCCUUACAGCGCAGCAGGCAGCAAUAGCUUACAGAGCAGCAGCAGCAAUAUGGAUGCAGGGCAACGGCGGCAUUGACAGAGCAGAGGGAGAGCUGGGAGAUUGUCCAGUUUAAAUAGACCACCAGAUUGGAAGGGUGCGCCUGAUUAGUGAUUCUGGAGUGAGGCAUGUCAUGUGUGCUGGAGCAGCACAGUUGGAGUUGACUGCCUGAACUAGCUUGCAGGCUUCGCUCCAUUUGUCACACCAUUACCAAUCUAAACUAAAUUAGCCAUUUUGAUUGAUUGCAGUUGUACCUUUAUUUGAAUAUACUGUAUAUAUUUCAGAUUUUGCCUGUUUAAUGUUUGUAUGGACUAACGUUAUGUUCUGUUAACUCCUGCAAACUAAAUUAGUUUAAUUGCUACAGGACACCACUGAUCUAGGGAAAAAAAAGAAAGUGUAAGGAACAAAAAAGAGUCAGAGUAAGAAGUAAAAUUUAAAAAGGGAAAUCUAACAUAAAAAUCUAAAUAAAAUAUAACAAUUUGAGUUUGUAAAAUGUUACAUAAACUUGGCCUGUGGUAACAUGUCUAUCCAAGAAUAGGUCAUAAAUAAACAAAGAAAUGUGACUCUGGCUGACAUAUCUGAUUAAAACAUUAUUAUUCAGAGUUGUCAAAAGUGAAUUUAAUCUGGUCAUCUGUCUAUGUCUGUGUUCUAUUUGCAUCUGAUAGCUGCCUCUGAAAAACAAAACAAAAGCUGCUCAACAACAUAUUUCACAUUGUUCUGCUGUCAGUGUGGCAAAGCUCAUGAUACAUUUUCAUCAAUGAUCGUUUAUGUGUAACAUCUAGAAGCAUUUAUUAGCAAUUCAUUGUUUUUAUCCCUCCAAGGUAUUUUUUUUUUUUUUGUUAUUUGAAAAAGGACAUUGGUGUGGACUGCUCACUUUGUCAACUGGCUCCAGAAGAAUGGUAAUUUAUUUUGGUCUUGUCCCCAUUCUUGUACUUGGAAAGACGUUUGUGCAUUUAUUUCUCAGUAGAUUUUGAAUUUACCCUUUCCUAUGAAAACGUUUUGUUUGCCAUUUUCACUUAUUCUAAACAAAUCAAAACAAAAUCAUCAAUUUGAUCCUACUAUACUUACAAAAUACAUAUGCAUAAUUGAAAUGUUCCAAUCAUAAUACAUCUUUUGAAAAAAAUGAAAUCAAACAAUACAUUAUAUCAAUCCUAUAUUCUAAAAAUAAGAAAGCUAUAAAAACCUAACAUUUAUGUUUCCUGUAAAACAUUUUUAUCUUUUAUAUAUAUGAUUUUUGUCUGUGUUUCCUGGUAUUAUCUGUUCAUGUAUUGUUUACCUUGCUGUUUAUUAAUAAAAAAUAAUAAUUCAAAAAUUAAGAA